CGAGAGUGAGUUCGUUCUGUCAUGUGUCAGGUUAAAAUGUAAAGCAAAUUUGUGUCUAAAUCGUAAAAUGCACAUGCAUAAAUGUUAAUCGUUGACCUAUUCAUGAACUGUGCAUGGCUAAUGCGUUUGAAAGCUUGAGAAAAGAUGAGUUUAUACAUCAUACCAACGUUUUUGGCAUUGGAUACUGAGGGGCAAAAUAAGGGGAUGGGCAAAUUGGAUUUCAAUGAAGGAUAGCAUCUGUCGACGGCCAUCGUUCUAAACUCCAGAAUCCACAGAUAUUUGGCAAAGUAAAUUGAAUUUGCAUUUGAAUGAGUGCUUAUUCAUCGUGGAUUUGUCACCAGAGACUGGAUCCACAUAAAGACACCUGAAAUGUCCAUUCUGUGAUAUCUGUAAAGUUUGAUCCCUGGAGACUUAGCUCUGAGCUGUUGCAGUUAAUCAGUGACUAUUAUAAGGCUUACUGGAGGAGGCCAGCGAGGAACAAGAGGCUUUAAUACUCGCGGCGCCAGCUUCCUUUCCCGUGCUGUGGCUGUGCCUGUUGCUGUUUGCCACUACUAACGUGAACACUAAACAAAAGCUGCUGUAGUGUCUGUGUUGUGUUUUGAACAGGUCAGCGCAGUUGCUGGUUGACAGUGCAUCAGAUGAAUAUGUCGGGACAGAGACAGACUUUUAUAAUGGGCCUGUUUGGUUAAAACAAGAACAGAAUCAGUAGAUUUUAUGUGUAGUAAUAAUGGACUGAUCACCACGAGAAUUUAAUUUUGUUGUUGAAUGUGAUAAAAAUCACAAGGAAUUCAUGCCCCCAUUUCUGCCAUCAUUUGCACAUCCUUGGAGCAAGUUCUGCAUGAAAGCCGUUGUGGUUUCGUCCAGCAUGUCGGACAACAGUGACAGUGGUAGUGAUGACAACAGGUCAUCUCGCUACCAGGAGAACGGUAAGGACGAUGACAUAUGUCGGGACUACCUACGCAACGUGUGUAAGAGAGGAAAGCGGUGUCGGUACCGACACCCCGAGGCGACAGAGACGAAGGCACUGGGGAAGAAACCAGAAUUCACAUUCUGUCACGACUUUCAGAACACGGGAUGUCGGAGGUCGACGUGUCGGUUUCUACACUGCACGCGUGAAGAGGAGGACAUCUACAACCAGAUAGGACAGCUUCCUUCACGAAUCCAGCAGGCCGCAGCUCUGGGCAUCGGCGUCACAACGAGAGACAUUCACAUCCUCAAAGGGGAGGUGCCCAUCUGCAAAGACUUCAUGAAGCGCGAGUGUAAGCGUGGGUCCAAGUGUAAGUACCGGCACCUGUCGGCCGAUCAGUACGAGCUGGAGAGACGGAAGACGGAGGUGGUGAACAACACAACGCAGUCUCCUUCGUUCACGCCCCCGACCUACAACAACGACCCAUACGACCGGCUGGAGCAACUGGAGCGUCUCGAGUCGGCACAGAUGGCUUCCAAACGACGCAGGAUUGACUUCUUCCACUCGGUGCCCAUGAGUUUCCAGUUCUUGGAGGAGGAGAACAUGUUGUUGAGGCGGAAAGUGGAGGAGCUGAAGAAGAGUGUGUCGGACCUGACCGCGACCAACGAGGUGUUGCUGGAGCAGAACGCGCGCUAUCGAGUGAGCAAGUCGAAUGCUAUAGUUGCUGCAGCAGCUGCCGCGGCCGCCGCCCCCACGUUAAGCCACCUGAACCACGUUAAUUCCACCCUGUCUCAGCAGAUCGCGCUCAACAGUGAGAUGGCCACGCAGCACGCCCUGCAGACCGCCCAGCACCUGGCGGCCCGGGAGAUGGCCCCCCAGCCGCAGCCCCUCAACACCUCCGUGGCCAUGAACCCCCACACCUCCGUGGCCAUGAACCCCCCCACCAUCGUGGCCGUGACGCUCGCACAGACUAUGGCCGCGGCAUCGUUGACAACGGCGUCACUCCAGCAGAACCUGCAGCCGGUGUGCAGCAUGACGCAGAGCAUCCCACCCAAUAUGGCCGCCUCGACCACAGCUCUCAUCUCCUACCCCAUUAUGUCACAAAGCAUGAGGUCGGCUAUACCAAGCAGUCUGGCCGCGCCAAUGAACAAUAUGUAAUUAAGACAGUGAUUGUAUUCCAAAUUCCAGACCUUUGGAACAGUCAUAGAAGAAACGUGAGAAAUAUGCAUUUGUUUUCAUUCUUCAUCGGAGUCAUCUCACGUUACUGCUAUGCCAAUUACAUUCAGCCGAUUGGCUGCUCCGCAGCGGAAUGGCCGACCUGAUCAAUCAGACAGAAGCAUCCUCUAAAUGCGAUUGUCACCGGGGCCACGCACGAUUAGACACGGCAGAAAAACUGUUCACUCGUGUUGGGCACAGAUAGGUCAUAUUACAAGUGAUGGACAAUUACCACUGUACACAUACACACAACACAUUCACAGCUAAUCACUGCAUAUUGUGUCCUGUUCCUUCUCAAUCACUGUGUGGUCUUUCAAGCAGAAAGUGAAAACAAAAAUGAAAGAAAAAAGAAUCGGUUAUUGUGAAGUCUCAUCCACAAGCAUGUGUCCUGUAGGUGAUGGAUCAGGUUCGUGGUGUGAUGGAGUGGAAGAUACAGGACAGACAUCAAGUCAAGAGAAGGAGAGAUUUGUGCACACUCACCUGCAGCACUUCUACUCACUGGUGUCAUCUUGUGGAACAAAGUACAGAGUGUUUCUAACAGAUUGAUUUUGUUAGCCAUAAAUUACAAAUUGAAGUUGUGUAUAUGUCGAAGUCCUGAAUGACUGAUUAUGUUUGCCAGUCAGUGAUAAUCUGGUACAAAAUGAGUUAAUGUAUGUAUAGUUAUGGUAUUUUAAAAUAAUUAUCAAAAUAACACAGCCAGAUACCAGAGAAAUAUAUUCAUGAAACACAAACCUUAAGAAACAAACAGAUUCAAACUGCUUAAUAAAGCCUUUACCAAAUUGAUUACAGGCACCAAACAUGUUAAUGUCUAAAAUGUUAACUGACCACUUACUGCCUUUUGCUUAGCAGGACAGUAUUAUGCUAUGUGUGGUCCUUCCAGAAACAUUGCAUCUGAAUGCCUACUGGGUACAGAUAAAAUGUAUGUUAAAGAGAGGUGUACCUGUUCAAAUUCUUGAGUACAAGCAGCAUGUAGUCCUGCUAAGAAUACCACUUGCUCAGAGGAACACAUCUCAUGGACUUGCUCUCUAUGGUGUCAGUAAAAUACUGUAUUCAAUCAGUACCAGUAUAUCAAGAUUUUCCAAAUAUUCUUUUUUCUACUCCACAAUGACAAUAAAAUUGAAGUCAGAUCAAUAAACUGCCACAAAAAUAUCAAAUUGUGGUAGAACUUGUCCAAUAAAAUGGUCAGAAUAUAAAUUACAAUAAAUUCACGUUUGUUUUAAAUCUGACACCAAGGAUCUCGCUAAAUUUGCACAGAAAAGGAAAACAUGAAGCUGUGUUCACAGUAUCAGCAAGAACCGAGAUUUAUUCUUUUCAACUUAUAAAAUGAUGCAAGUCUAAUUUGUCUUUUUAAUGGAAAAAUAUAGCAGGUUUUGUCUGUAAGACUAUAUAUCAAAAUUACCAAAUUAUGUUUGACAUCUACUAGCCGAUUAUUAAUAAAUCAAUGUGCUCUAGUGGUGUCAUUAAAACAAAAGAAAACAAACUUUACUUUUAGUUGUUUAUGAUGUUUCUGUGAAGACAAAAAGUGAUUCUAAUCAUAAUGCAGUGCUUAACUAUGGGCUCUUCCCACACUGAUCACACUGUGGAAGUGGGGAGAAAUUCUGUUUAAAUACUCAGCCCCUGCAAAAUAACAUUUUAUUUUAACCAAGUGUAUAUAGUGACAAAAUGCAGAAGAUGCACUGGGUACAGAAUAGUAGCUAGAGUUCCUCAUCCCAUGUCAUCAGGUCUGAAUCAACCCUAACAAAUAAAGGACUGGACCCGUGCUUAUAAAACUUGCAAAUCUAAAUUCAAAUCUCUAGUGACAUCAUACGCAUACAAUUUGUAUAGCAUUGCCACGAUGUUAGCGGCUUAGACUCUAGUAUAGCAUUGCCACAAUGUUAACGGCUUAGACUCUCGUAUAGCAUUGCCACGAUGUUAACGGCUUAGACUCUCGUAUAGCAUUGCCACGAUGUUAACGGCUUAGACUCUCGUAUAGCAUUGCCACAAUGUUAACUGCUUAGACUAUCGUAUAGCAUUGCCACGAUGUUAACGGUUUAGACUCUCAUAUAGCAUUGCCACGAUGUUAACGGCAUUGCCACGAUGUUAACAGUUUAGACUCUCAUAUAGCAUUGCCACGAUGUUAACGGUUUAGACUUGUAUAGCAUUGCCACGAUGUUAACGGUUUAGACUCGUAUAGCAUUGCCACGAUGUUAACGGUUUAGACUCUCGUAUAGCAUUGCCACGAUGUUAACGGCUUAAGACUCUCGUAUAGCAUUGCCACGAUGUUAACGGUUUAGACUCUCGUAUAGCAUUGCCACGAUGUUAACGGUUUAGACUUGUAUAGCAUUGCCACGAUGUUAACGGUUUAGACUUGUAUAGCAUUGCCACGAUGUUAACGGUUUAGACUCGUAUAGCAUUGCCACGAUGUUAACGGUUUAGACUCUCGUAUAGCAUUGCCACGAUGUUAACGGCUUAAGACUCUCGUAUAGCAUUGCCACGAUGUUAACGGUUUAGACUCUCGUAUAACAUUGCCACGAUGUUAACGGCUUAGACUCGUAUAGCAUUGCCACGAUGUUAACGGCUUAGACUCUCGUAUAGCAUUGCCACGAUGUUAACGGCUUAGACUCUCGUAUAGCAUUGCCACGAUGUUAAAGGUUUAGACUCUCGUAUAGCAUUGCCACGAUGUUAACGGUUUAGGUUCUGUUAAAGUCUUGAGUUUAGACUCUAAAAUGUUUAUAAGCAUGGGGCCGAGAAACUUGCAUUGAUUUUAUUUUCUAAAGUCUUGCUCUGUUCUUAUGAUAUAAAGUAUGUAAUUGUGCAAAAUGCCAUCAAACAUUCUGUCAGUUUACUUACGCAAUGCAUACUACUGGUAAUCUGUUAAACGUUUGACUGUAGGCCUAUACAGGGCUUCUAGAAUUUUUACAAAAUCCACUAGCCAUGGGAUCGGUGAUUUAAAAAAUGUACUAGCCACGAUUAAAAAUUCAUUAGCACUA